GCGAAAAACAAUUAUACUGCUUUUUAAAAAUUUAUUUAAGAAAAAAAAAAGAAAGAAGAAAAAGACAAAAAAGACGGUAGCUACAAUAGCGCCAUCUAUACCAAAAACACUGCUGCACAUCCUCAAAAUAUAAUAUUGUGACACACCAUGACAUUGUGGGUCCAAAUGAGGUUAUUUGAGGGGAAAUGUCCAAGACAUAAAGGUUGCCUUGGCUACAAUGAAAAUGUGAAGAAAAACCAAAAAAUUUAGGGUACCAAGUCAAAUCAGGGGGAACCAUGUCCAGUGAGGAGGUAUCAAAUCCUCCUGAUUCCCCUACUCUCUGCAAAAAUGUGAGCUCGUACGUCUAUGAACACCACAGCUCAGGUGAAAUAUUGAUACCGGGUACCAUAAAACAGGCCGCAAGCACAGUAUAGGCGGAUUGUACCAUAUGGUAUCUAUUACGUUUCGGAAAAAAAAAAAAAAAACGUGUGUUGAAUGUUGUCUUUGAGAUUAGGAAACUUCGGUCAUACAUAACGUGUUAGGUUUUGUUUGGCCACGAAACGUUAAACGUGCAUUUUCAGUUAACAGCACACACCGCAGAUAUUAAUCGUCCGUUCUUCUAUCGAUACAACCAAACAUGGAAACUGUCACGCCGCAAACGGAAAAUUUCCAAAGCGAAUGGAUGGAGUGUGAAAAUCACUAUGAAGCAAAAAAGGAGGAAUUUUCGGAUACAACAAAGCUUGUUGCGCCUGACUCACUAGCAGAUUUAAUUAGUGAACUGCAUAAAAUAUUCGCCAGCGAUGACGUCAAUGUAGAGUAUGUCCAGAAGUUGAUGACGUCAUACGCGAGCAAAUCUAGUGAAUGGAAAAAGUUCGCCAAAUUUGACCAGCACAAGUACACCCGUAACCUGGUCGAUGAGGGCAACGGAAAGUUUAACCUCAUGAUUCUGUGCUGGAACGAGGCGCAAGGUAGCUCCAUCCACUCACAUGCCAACUCACACUGCUUUCUCAAGGUCCUUGAUGGCAACGUCCGGGAGGAGCUCUUUGAUUGGCCCACCGAGUCCAGUAACGAGUCGAUGAUGACGAAGACAACGGAAAACGUUUACAACAAAAACCAAUGUGCUUAUAUCAAUGAUGACAUUGGACUCCAUCGAGUUGAAAACAGCAGCCACUCUAACAAAGCGGUCACUCUGCACCUGUACUCGCCACCGUUUGAGGAGUGCCAGUGUUUUGACGAGCGAACCGGCCACGCCUGCAAGUCACGAGUGACCUUCUGGACCAAGUUCGGGAAGAGGACGCCAUUUGGAAGGACGCCCGAAAAUAACUAAAAGAGUAAACCUGCUUUGAGACUGCUGACGUGUGUUGCUGUGUUAUCCUCCAUGAUGAAGAAACGGCAGAGAAGAAACGUGUUAUUUGUAACAGGAACAAUAGUGCACAUUUCACACACAUGUAGGAUGUAACAUUCUGACACUAACUUUCAAGCAUUAAUAAUUAUUCACCAGAAUUUUAACCAUUACAGUUUUAGAAGUUUGCUUGAUGCAUACUAUAAAAAAAUAGUACUAUUAUAUUCUGUUAUUAAUUAUGCAAAAAAUCGACAGAAUUUUAACGAUUACAGUCUUAGAUGUCUGCUUGAUGCAUGCUAAAGAAAACAAAUAGUACUACAAUAUAUGAUGUUCAAGCGUUACUAUUACAGUCUUGGAUGUCUGCUUGAUGCAUGCUAAAGAAAACAAAUAGUACUACAAUAUAUGAUGUUCAAGCGUUACUAAUUAUGCAAAACAUCUGCAGAAUUUAGUUUUAGAAGUUUGUUUAAUGCGUGCCAUAUAAAAAAAGUGCUGUAUGACGUGGUAUGCUAAGAUUUUUAAUACUAAUACAGAAAGAUAUUAAUAUUUUAACUUUUGUCUAUGUAGAUUUCUUUUAUUUUUAAGCAAUUUUUAUUCAUUAACAGGGUUUAUAUGAUGAUGGAAUCCAGCGUUGUUGACACAUAGUUACCAAAAAUACUCCUAAAUAAAAUCUGUGUGCAUCAUGGUUGACGCAAAAUAUUUCCAAUGUCAAUCAAUUAUACAUUAAACUUGUUCUUUUUUUUUUCAAUACAUAAAAAUCUAACCACUAAGAAGUUCAAACCGAAAAUAGCCAAACGGUUUAACUGGUUCCCAACCGUAUGAAUAUGUUUAAUGUAAAUUAAGUGUAAAAACCAGUGUAGCUCAUGCAGCGUGCCGGUCCCUGUCUAAGUUUAGAUCAUCAUGACAAUGUCAAAUGCAUAUGAUAGGUAACCAGCCGCAAGUUUUUAGUUCGGUCUAUAUAUCUAGUUGUUGGGGUUUUUAUUAUUAUUGUCCUUUAUUGUUUUUAAUACAUGUAGAUGGUUGAGAAUAUCUCGUUAUAGGAGUAGGUAUA